AUGUUCCGACGCAGUCGCCACCUCCUGCGCCUCUUGGCGCGUCGCCGCGUCGCGUUGCCCUCGACGUCUGUCCCUCGUUUACUGCACACGAGUGCUCUAUCAAGAUGCGCUGCCGUCUCUACAAAGUCCCGCGUCAGUCCGUUUCUGUUGCGUAGUGGCGCACUGCGCUCUAUGUUCAUCCAGACAGAGUCGACGCCGAACCCACAGAGUGUCAAGUUUCGGCCUGGACGCGUGGUACUGGACGACCGGUUCUCGACGGGAGUGGACUUUACGCCACGGUCGGAUGAGGUCCGUCGCUCGCCGUUGGCCAAGAAACUGUUCCAGAUUGAAGGGGUCACGCGCGUGUUUUUUGGCAAGGAUUUUAUCUCCAUUACCAAGACAGAAGAUGAGGAUUGGGACGCUCUGAAUGCGGACAUUUUUGCAACGAUUAUGGACUUUUUCGCGUCCGGCGAGGAUGUCAUGUCUGACGAGCCCAUGGUUACGGACACGACAAUUUUACCUGAAGACGACGAAGUGGUCGCUAUGAUCAAGGAGCUGUUGGAGCAGCGCAUUCGGCCUUCUGUGCAGGAUGACGGUGGUGACAUCUUCUACAAGGGUUUCGACGAACAUACGGGCAUGGUGAAGGUCCAGCUGGCAGGCUCGUGCGCAGGCUGCCCAAGCUCGUCGGUCACGCUCAAGCAUGGCGUGGAAAACAUGCUGAAGCACUAUAUUCCCGAAGUGCGUGGUAUCGAAGAGUGGGUUGACGAAGAGCUCAAUUCAGUGAAUGACGAAGAGUUUCGCACACUGGAAGAGAAGCUGCGCUCUGUUGGUAUUCCCAGCGAGUAA